AUGCCUGAUGACCGUCCGAAGAAAAAGCGUAAACUUACCACCAAUCAGCCACCGCGGAAAGGAAGGCCUACCAAGAAGGCAAGAACAGGUCUGGCGGAGGAGCCAACUGCAACGCGUUCAACAUCGUCUACUCCUCGUUUAAAGUCGCAAUCAGGCGCUUCUCAGCCGAAACAACGGAACGACACCCCAGGUCCUUCCAGUCUGUCGUCGGUAGCACGUCCUCGUUCCAAGAAACGCAAAGCCAAGAGUCCAAGCCCCUCAACGGAUGAGGAUUCCGAUAAGACCCCACCUUCUUCGAUCAUACCACUGCCCAAGGUGGCAAAACCAGGUCCUUCUCGAACACCUUCUAAGAGAAAGGCAAUCGCAAAGCUAAAGGACUCGCCCAAGAAUCACAAAAUUCCAGCAGCUUCACGCAGACCUUCCGCACUUUUUUUGGACUCAUUUUCCAUCUCGUCCGAUUCAGACGAUCCCAUCCCGUCUUCGUCGAAAAGUCGCCCCAAGCCAACAAAGCAGCGUCCCGUCGCGGACCCGGACGACAUUAUUGAUCUAUGUUCUGAUGAUGACGAAAUUCCCGUUUCUCCUAGUCGACCAGUGCGGAUGCGAAUGGAGGAUAACGUUUUUGUUAUCCUAUCUACUGACGAUGAAAUGUCGUCGGCGCCAGCGCCCGCACAUUGUCGACUAGAUAAACACGAUUCUCCUCGCGCACUGUCUCCCGUUUCGUCUGUCAUUGGGGAAGUUCUACGAUCACCAUCGGAAUAUGAUAUGCGGACAACAGCUCCAGUGCAACCAGAGCCAGAGCAGAUUGUUGAUACACUAAUGUCUCCUCCAAAUCACUUUCAACCGGAGCUUUCCCCUCUCGUAACAGAACCUGUCUUUCCGCUCCAAGUGGUUUAUGAUCAAGCCCUUGCCGACAGUUGCACCAAGGUUUUGAUCCCGGUCUUUCCUUGUUCAGUGCCACGACAAAGCUUCGAUAUCAUUUAUUCCGACACACCGUCCCACCCUCCAAUCCAUGCACCACUGUUUUUUGCCAACAGCAUUUUCAGAAGCGCAUCUGAAUCCCUCUUCGUCGUGAACGAUGAACCAGUUUCUCCCAUUACACACCCACCCUCCAGUCAUCCAGAGCCGAAGGAGGAAGAAGAGGGGAUGACUUCCUCAGCAUCACAGGUCCCCUUAUCCCCUUACGAAAACAACCAUGUCGCGUUAAAUGAAGAAGAGUGUUCUCCCUCGCAAACUGCGGUCAUUUACAAACAAGCCUAUGUUGAGGGCUUACGUUUGAAAGAAAUGUUAGCGGAACUCAGACAACCUACCACACCACUUGCAGCACAAGAAAGCGGGGAGAUGCCCGCAUCCUACUCAGGACAUGUCUCUCCAGUUCCACCACCACAGCCCACCGCGCCUUGUUCACCGGAAACCAAUAACGCCUUCGCAACAUCAGAAACACCAGUUUUUGAUUCUGGUCUUUCACCCCUCACAGUCCACACACACUUGUCUGGUCACUACCUCAAGCCACCAGCAACCCAUUUGCGAUCUAACACUUCCCCCGAUUCGAACACAUCAAAAGACACCUCGGUCAGCAGUCUGGAUACUUUGGAAGACUCGCCUGGACCGUCUACCCCAGUUUCAACUCUUGCAUCGCAAAACAUACCAAUUGGCUGCUUCACCGACACGAUUUUGGAGCUUGACCUCGAUCUCGAUCUUGAUUUUGUUGGCAAAGGCGUUGAAGACGAUGAUGAUGAUGAUUCCUUGUCUGGGCUCGAGCUCGUAUAUCCUGACGCUCCCCUUGUUGGCUGAAUUGCAUUUUAAAUAUAUUUUACCCAUCAUUUACAGGACCAUCACCUUUGCAUGUAUAUACAAAAUACUUCACUUGUGCAGAACCGAGCUCGCAAUGUAUAUUUAGAGACCUUU